CAAUCCAUCGUCAAAUCCUUGAAAUAUACAUAUAUAAUUUUCUUCUUUUAAAGUUAAGGGAGACUAGAAAUGGCACAACAUGUUACUAACGAAGACCAAAUGCAGCAGCUAAGUGGUGAACAUGGAACUCAAGGUGGUGCUAUGGGUGUUGCCCCUACCGCCGGUACUCAUGAUGAUACUAUGAAGAAAGAGCAUGAGGGACAACAACAGCUUCAUCGUUCUGGUAGCUCUUCGGAGGAUGAUGGUGAAGGUGGUCGGAGGAAGAAGAAGGGUAUAACUGAGAAGAUUAAGGAGACGUUGACCGGAGCAUGAGGCACUACUCAUGACGAUAAGAAGGAAAUAGGUCAUGAUCAGACUUCACAAACAACUACUACUGCAGCAGUUGAAAAUGAAGGAGACGAUAAGAAAGGAAUGAUGGACAAGAUCCCUGGCAUGCAUUGAAACUAUUAACAAGUCUACCCUUUUUUUUUACCCUCGAGUGAACGUCAUAUGUUGUUGAGGUCGAUUGAGUGAUAUAUAUUAUAUUAUAUAUAUAGUCAUAAAGCAUGGUUUUCCCACUUCUUGCGCCCAUGCCCCGCGCGCUUCCAUAUGCGCCUACGCAUGGAUGGCAUUCAUGUCGCGCGCCUCUAUGUUUAUGUAUGAUUGUGUGUGUAUAAUGUUGUCUUCAAAAUAAAUAUUUCGUUUUUA